UAUAAAGAGAAAGAGAACACAAACCAGGCUCUAUCUUUCUCCUCUAUCAGACCUCACCGAAGACCCUUUGCUUCCCCACCCUCACACUAGCCUUCAGUGUGUAGAAACUUUUUGCUCUAACACAGUCCCAGCACCAACUGAGACCAAAGAGGAUGGCUACAUCCACGUGGAGAAUGAAUGGACCCUACAGAAAGAUGACUGAGCCUCUGGUUCUCUUCACUCUGUUCCUUAGCAGUGUAGUGAUUUGUCAAGACCAAACCACCGUCUCUACCAAAGAACCAAGUGUCAGUACAGAUUCAUUUUCAGGGACAAACACAACCUUCACUGCUUCCCCGAUGACUUCAUUAAACCCAAGUGUGGCUUCCCCUAACGACAAUGCACUUGGGUCAUUCCCAGAAACACGCAUGGACAAAGGAAUCUCCAGCAAUGUUAAAACAAUGGUGGGAAGUACUAAAAGUCCAUUACCAUCAUUACGUUCAUCACCAUCAUCAUCGUCGUCAUCAUCAUCGUCGUCAUCAUCAUCAUCGUCAUCAUCGUCACCAUCAUCAUCAUCGUCAUCAUCAUCGUCGCCAUCAUCAUCGUCGUCAUCAUCAAAUUCCUCUGUGUUUGUGGGACUACUUGUCAGUGGUCUGCUUGCUGCCCUUGGAAUCACUGUAGGUUAUUGCUAUUGCCAACGCAGGACUGACACCAAGGGAGUGAAGCUGACAGAUGAGACCUAUCCAGCAGAUCAGGAGAACCAGGGGAGCACUCUUGCUUCUGUAGCCCCCCUCAUCCCCCCUCCUGAGACCCAGGAGAAGCCCAGCGUAAAUGGAGAGUCCCCCGAGGCAGCCAAGACCCAACCUCCUCCACCUACCAACGGCCACUCCACCACCAAGACAGCAGACACUGAGCUGUGAAAUAGUCCAAAAUGAAUUGAAUCCCAGGAACUACCGACACACAGACACGUCUUAUGAAAACACAUCUCUGUUUCAGAAUUCACUCCUGCCUAAUCACACAGAGGUCACAGAAAUGUGGACUUUAGGGACUACAGCAAUCCCUUACAUAAACACUCCUGUUGUUAUAUGGUCCCGUUGCCUGCUCUUUUAGCUACUUGCCUCAAAAAACAUCAGGAAAACUAGUCUGAUGGUGACAAUAAUGGCAGAGAUAAAUGAUGCUGAUUAAUCAUGACGAAGACUCGGUUCCUGGGUUUUGAUGGCAGUCACGAAGGAGAGGAGAGACAGGAGAUGGGCAGUUCUGAGUGUGAAGAGACUAUAAUGUUAGUAUUAACCACAGCCUGCUACCAUGAUGACUGCAGCCUCUGGAGUCACAGCAAUGUGCUGUCCAUUUCAGCAGAGGCUCUGCCUGUCGUCUGGUUUAAUGCUCCAGCCAAACACAGCUAAAGCACCUAAAUAACACGGUUCCUUACAUUAAUGUAAGACCAUAACAGACAGACAGGAACUAACUCACACUGCCUUGAAAUCUGUUUACAAAAAUACAUUGGCCUCUUAACGUGAGUAGGUGGUUGAAAGUGUGUAUGCGUGUGUGUGUGGGUGUACUAUGACAUUUUGCAUGAGUGUAUUAACAUAAACUUGCAUCUGUACUGUGCAUUGACUGUAUAUAUCCAUACAUGCAUCAAGCUUAUCCUCCUUAUUGUACUGUAUGUACAUAUGUGUGCUUCACGAUAAUACAACAGUUUUGAUCAGACAUGUCAGUGAUUGGUAAAUCUUAACCGCAUGCGACAGCCAUGAAAAAUGUAGAAAUUUGUAAAAUGACAGCUAACCAAGUUGUGGACAAUCGCCAUGGUGAAGCAAAACGAGUAUUGACAUUUAAGUCACACUGUGGCAUUAAUCAUGAAGACAAAAGGCCUCUUUACUGACUGUUUGACCAACAAACUCACAAAGACUUUAGACACAGAGCCUCCUUAUGUCACCUAUUCCCAUCCACUUGUUAGUAUUAUUCUCUGUCCAUUACUGUAUAUACUUGUUUUUAUUCUGUGUAUCCAUACUUGUAUUGCUCAUUCUGUGUGCCAAGAUUUUCAUUUUAUAACUUUUAUUGUGUUUAAGUAUAUACUUCUCCCAUCAUCAUGAUAUUUUAUCUAGGUUAUAUGACAAAGAAAUAUAUUUAGAAACAAUGACUUACAGUCAUUGUCCAUGAAUCAAGUUCAGCAUCUAAUGGUCCAAAUAUGCCUUUUUUAAUCCUAUAAAUAGAGGUAACAUCAGUUUUCCCUGACAUGCCUAAUAACAAUAACAAUAAUGAUAAUAACUUUAAAAACUCUGAUAUCAAACUGGAAUGUCCCGCAUUCAUUGUUCUUUUGAUCCAUCUUGUAUCAUACCAUUAUCACAUCAAUAUUUCAGUGUGACUAUUUAAUUUCACUUAACUGUAGUUAAAAUGGGAUUUAACAUGAAAAAAAAACUAAAUAAAUAACAUUGUAUAUGU